UGGCAUAGCCGUAUAUCGAGACGUCCCACACCAUUUCCUCACGGGCAGGCUAAAGACAACAUGUUUUUUACGGCUGUUUUGUCUGCUUUACUCAGCAUCACUCUACUGUCUCUCUGCCCAUGCGCAGAGCACCAGGAUGAUUAUUUGGACAAGAGGCAAAGUUACAUCCACAACGCUCCGAGAUGUUCUGCGCGACGCUGUUUAUCUGCCCCUGAGCCAGUCUGCUUGAAGUCAAAAAUGUUUCCCUGCUAUGCUGAUGUGGAACCGAUGAGAGCCUUAGGGAAAACCUUCCUCUGUGAUACCAAAACCGAUCAAGGGGGUUGGAUUUUCAUCCAGCGUCGAACCGUCGGUGAUAUAAGUUUCGAUCAAACCUGGGCCCGAUACAAGGCAGGAUUCGGCUCUUUGAGCGGGGACUUCUGGAUCGGAAACGAUUUCUUAUACGGUCUAACGUCGGCGCACAACUAUGAACUGAGAAUCGACAUGAACUAUAAUGGCCGACCAUACCAUGCCGUGUACGGGACGUUCUAUGUUGGGAGCGAGGCUGCCCAUUACACCCUUCAAGUCAGUCAGUACUCAGGAAACGCCGGGGACUCUAUGAGUAUCCACAACAACCAGAGAUUCACCACCACUGACCGACCCACUACCAAUGGCUGCACCGCUAGCUACAAGGCGGGAUGGUGGUUUGCUGAUUGCUACAGAGCUUUCUUGAACGGAAAAUGGGAAGAGGAAGCUAGUUUCGAUGGAAUUCACUGGGAAAGUCUUGGGGACGAUCCACUACAGAGGGUCGAGAUGAGGAUACGCAGAAAGGGUGCAUAGUCUGUGUUCAUAGUCUGUGUUCAUAGCCUGUGUUCAUAGUCUGUGUGAAUAGUCUGUGUUCAUAGUCUGUGUUCGUAGUC